UGGCUAGAAACACGGCCACAGCGUCAGGAAUGUCCGGUGUGCAAGGCGGGCAUCAGCCGGGACAAAGUCAUCCCUCUGUAUGGGCGUGGAAGCUCUGCUCAACAGGAUCCCAGAUUGAAAACUCCCCCCCGACCUCGAGGGCAGCGCCCGGAGCCUGAGUCGCGAGGGCAGGGCAUCGGCAGUUUUCCUGAAGCAGCCACAGGCUUCCACAUGGCAUUUGGCAUCGGCGCGUUCCCUUUUGGCUUUUUUGCUACGGGCUACAAUGCGCCAGGAGAAAGAGCAGAGGCCUCGC